AUGUCCAAAACGACCUCGGAGCUCGCCGCCAAAGACGCACUGAUCCAGCGACUCAUUGACGAGAAAAUCGCACAAGCCGAGUUGAUCCAGAAGCAACGCGACAUCAUAACACAGUACCUGAUCCUGGACAUUGAAGACUUCCUAGCGGAAGCGCGCGAGAAAGCCGAAGCAGUCGCCGCCCAAGAGGCGUUUGACGCGGCGGCCAACGAGCCGCACCGAAGCACUCCCAACCCAGCUAAACAAGAUAUUCUCCCCCACAUACAGCUCUCCAAAUGCCGAUACCUGCACCUGGGCCUGUACGACAACAUCUCCGUGCUCAAAAUCCUGCGCUACCAACUACACUGUCUCUGGGAACAAUGGGCCACCAACCCCUACAGCCUGCACGCAUCAUGGUAUCUCGUCAUCAUGGUGCUUCUCUGGACGUGGCUAAUCGGCAGCGUCGUCUGCGGCUACUACGAGGCGGCGCCUGAAAGCGGGACCAUGCGGCUUGCGCGCCUGUGUCGCGGUGUGCUGGGCGCUAUACCCCCGAUUGUGCAGUUCCUUCUUUUUUUGUUUCCCCCGCUCUUCGUCCAGUUUUGA